AUAAUCAUUUUCAGCUAUACAUCAGAAAGUCAGUAGGAAAUAAAUUACAUUUAAUACCAUUGUCUGCAAAGUCUGCUGUUAAACUUAAAGACAUGAACAGAGUGACUCCUGAUAUCCAGGAUGGUCAUACCAAGAAGAAAAAAAGGAUAGCUAGUGCUGGACUCCUGGCUCAAACAAAGAGUGGCAUGUACUACAAAAUAAACAGCCAACUUACUUCUUCAAGUGAUGAGAAGAAUUAUAUCAGAUCCUGGAUACAGGAAAGAAUUCGGAAGAGUGAAUGCAUAUAUCAUAAAAAGAAAGACGAAACUGAAUCUGGAAAGCAAGUGUGUGCUUGUGGACAUGAAAAGGAAGAACAUUCUUUUGUGGCCCAGAAUCAUGGUUUUCAUCAGGAUUUGCCCUGGGAUGUGACAAAACACACCAAAGAAGUGCCCACUGAUGCCUAUGGAGAUCUCACUUUCACAGGGCUUACCCAAAAUGUUAGCAAGUAUAUACGUGUUUCAUCAAAAACACCACCUGAAGUCUUGUACAAACUGAUGACAGAGUGCUGGAGACUGAAAGUGCCAAAUCUACUGAUAUCAGUAACUGGCGGAGCAAAGAACUUCAACAUGAAACCCAAGCUCAAGGAUAUAUUCCGCAGGGGGCUUAUUAAGGCUGCCCAAUCCACAGGUGCCUGGAUCAUAACUGGUGGUUCACAUGCUGGUGUAAUGAAGCACGUUGGAGAAGCCAUACGUGAUUAUAACAUGAGCAGUAGUCCCAAAGAAGGCAAGAUUGUAGUUAUUGGAAUUGCAACGUGGGGGACUGUAUACAAUCGGAAGAGCUUAAUAAGUGAAGAGGGAAUGUUCCCAGCUGAAUACAAGUUAGAUGAAGAAAAUCAAGGUCGACUGUCAUGUCUCAAUAAUAACCAUUCACAUUUUAUCCUGGUGGAUGACGGAACGCAUGGAAGAUAUGGUGUAGAGAUCCCACUUCGCACAAGGCUGGAAAAGCUCAUCUCACACCAGGUCAUGGAGGAUGGAGGUGUUGGCAUUAAUAUUCCCAUUGUAUGCCUUGUGCUGGAAGGAGGUCCUGGAACGUUAGAUACCAUCUUCAACGCAAUGUUAAAUGGCACACCAUGUGUGGUAAUACAGGGCUCGGGCAGAGUUGCAGACGUCAUUGCCAAUGUUGCCAACUUACCAAUCUCACAGAUAACAAUUGCAUGCAUCCAGAAACAACUGAAGAUUUUCUUUGAAGAGGAGUUUGCUACAUUUUCAGACAACAAAAUAAUAGAGUGGACCAAAAAGAUUCAAGAUAUUGUAAGACAGCAACAGCUUUUAACCAUUUUCAGAGUAGAAAAACACAGCAAUCAGGAUAUUGACACUGUCAUUCUUCAUGCAUUACUUAAAGCUGCCCGUUGUCAUGAUAGCCUAGGAAGGGAAAACUGGGACCACCAGCUAAAACUAGCUGUAGCAUGGAACAGAGUGGAUGUUGCUCGAACUAUGAUUUUUACUGAUGAAAGGCAGUGGAAGUCUUCUGAUCUCCACGACUCAAUGACCACUGCCCUGGUCAGUGAUAAACCAGAGUUUGUGAAACUUUUUCUUGACCAAGCAGUUAAUGUGAAGGACUACCUUAACCAGAAGACCCUGACAAACCUGUACAACAACUUCUCUACUUCAAGUCAAGCCUAUGGUAUGCUGGUCAAGCAAGUGAAGGAGGAAAGUAAAUAUUCAGAAUCUAAUCUAGAGAUUUGUCUCAGACAUGUUUCCUGUGUUCUGAAAAACCUACUUGGAGAUUUUAUAAAGCCACUGUAUCAUACAACAAAGAAAGGACAGAUAAACAUAGCAGGAAUCUACAUCAAAGCAAUUAGUCUUUUUUCACGAAGGAAGCACAGGCAUAGUCCUCAGCCAGAAAACAUCUUGGAAGAACCCACACGGGAUCUGUUUAUUUGGGCCUUACUUCAAAACCGAAAGGAGCUGGCAAAUCUAAUGUGGGAACAGAGUCAAGACUGCAUUAUAGCUGCCUUGGCAGCUAGCAAAAUUAUGAAAGAAUUAGCCAAGAUAGAAGAUGACACUGACAUCUUAGAGGAAAUGUUAUCCCUUGCCAAUGAAUAUGAAGAGAAAGCUAUAGGUGUCCUUAAUGAAUGUUAUCGAAAAGAUGAAGAAAAAGCUCAGAAACUUCUGGUGCGUGUAUCCAGAUGCUGGGGUUACACCACUUGUGUACGUUUUGCUAUUGAGGCUGACAACAAAAAAUUUAUUGCACAAACAGGAGUCCAGGCAUUUCUCACUCGAGUCUGGUUUGGGGAGAUAUCAGUAGAAACCAGAACAUGGCAAUUGUUAAUGUGCAUUCUAUGUCUGCCUCUCAUCUAUACCAAUCUCAUCAGCUUCAGGAGCGAUGAACAAAUUAGAAAUACAGAGAAUGAACAAAAUGGUGACUUAAGUAUGGUUACAACAGAAACUGUGGAAAAUAAUGGAAAUAAAAGUACUGUGGUGACACGGUCCUUUUCAGAGGCUCAGCUUAUAUCUGUACCUGACAAUGAAAAGUUAACAGCAUUAACCUGCAUUCAGCGGAUGUCAGCCUUCUUCUCAGCACCAGUAGUCAUUUUCUAUUUAAACGCUGUGUCGUAUAUAGGAUUCCUCUGGCUAUUUGCAUAUGUUUUAAUGAUGGAUUUCCAGAAUCUGCCUUCCUGGACAGAAUAUUUACUAUAUGUAUGGGUUUUCUCCUUAGUUUGUGAAGAAAUAAAGCAGGUAGCAUAUAAUCCUACUGGAUCGGGAGUCUAUAAAAAGGCAGAAAUAUACAUCAGUGAUCUUUGGAACAAGAUGGAUUUACUUGGAUUGACUGUCUUCAUAGUGGGACUUAUAUGCAGACUAAUUCCAGCAACCUUUUACGCUGGAAGAGUAAUACUCAGUAUGGACUUCAUUAUAUUCUGUGUAAGACUGAUGUAUAUUUUUACAGUGAAUAAAACUCUUGGACCAAAGCUUAUCAUCGUCACUAGAAUGAUAAAGGAUAUAUUCUUUUUCCUGUUUUUGCUUGCUGUUUGGGUUGUAUCAUUUGGUGUAGCUAAACAAGCCAUCCUGAUCCAUAAUGAGAAACGUCUUAAAUGGAUUUUCCGAGAUGUCAUUUACAUGCCUUACCUCACAAUGUUUGGACAGCUGCCUACAGAUGUGGAUGGCAAUAACUUUGAUGCUACUAAAUGCUCACAAAAUGGAACUGAUGAUACUUUACCGAAAUGUGUUGAAAAUGUCAGUAAUACUCCAAUCUUCCCUGAGUGGCUGACAAUGAUCCUGCUGUGUGUAUAUUUGCUGUUUAUCAAUAUUCUCCUUCUGAAUCUCCUCAUUGCAAUGUUCAACUAUACGUUCCAGCUGGUUCAGGAGCAAACAGAUACAAUCUGGAAAUUUCAGCGCUUUGGUUUAAUCGAGGAGUACCACGGCCGCUCCACAUUGCCCCCACCUUUUAUUUUACUUAGUCAUGUGGUGUUGAUUGUAAAACGCCUAAUCUGCUGCAGGCCACCAACAAGAUACAAGAGAUUCAAGAAUGAACUGCUAAAAACAGAAGAUGAUGACUUAUUAAUCUGGGAGACUUUCAUGAAAGAUAAUUACUUGGCCAGUUUACAUCAGAACACAAAGCAGAGCACAGAUCAUCAGAUCAAAUACAUGUCGAAGAAUGUCAGCAGAAUAGCGGAAACCUUGCAGAUCCAUCAUGAUAGCCGAGGAGGAACAACAGAACAAAGACUGGUUCACCUGGAAGAACAGGUUAACCAGUCUUCAAUUGCCCUGAACUGGAUCAUUAAUGCAUUAGUAGAAAAAGGCUUCGGCUCUAAAAACCAGGCUCCUUCAAUUGCUAUUAAAACCAAUAAUGUCAGUGCUGAAGCAGAUAGUUCAGAAGUUGGUGACAAAGAUGAUACGUCACAGUAUCAUAUCAAUGCAAGGAAUCUUCAAUACCCUGACUCCAAUGUAUAUCGUUUUCCUGUACCAGAUGAAAAAGUACCUUGGGAGGUUGAAUUUAAAGAGUAUAAUCCUCCUUUUUAUCCAUCUCAAAACUUACCUGUACAAAGCACAGUUGAACUUCCACAGCCACGAAUUCAUUCUGCAACUGCGAGACCAGCAGUAAACUAUAAUACUGUAGAUGGUUCUGUUGACCGGCGCAGUAACUAUGGCCCCUACAAGAUUCAAGAUGGCCUUCCUGUGAAUCCAUUUGGAAGGACAGGACUGAAAGGACAAGGUCAUCUUUAUUGGUUUGGUCCAAACAUCUCUCUGGAUCCAGUCAUAACUCGUUGGAAGAGGGGUUCUGAUGGUGUUGUUUUAAAAAAAAAGCAGAAGAAGAUGCUUGAAUUUUUGUCUACCAAACGUUCUGCUUCUGAGCAUUCAUCUUUACCAGGAGGUGUGCUAUUUCCUGGAGACACUUUUCCCAAGAGAAUUACACAAGUACUGAAUGCAAAGCUCAGGGAAGCAAUUGCUGAGAAGCUGAAACAAGGGCGAGAGGUAUACAAAGGCUAUAUUGACGAUGGUAGGAAUACAGAUAAUGCAUGGGUCGAAACUACAGCCAUUAACAUUCACUUUGAUGUUGACGAUGACUUAAUGCGUCAACUUAACAAAGCUUGCUCACAGACUGCCUCUUCAGAAACCGUACUGCGAUGGCAGCUGGUGGAUCAGAACAUUACAAUACAUGAGAGCCACAAACCUAUCCUUCAGAAGGUGUCUGCACUCCAUGAGGCUUAUUACUGAGUAAAAAUGACAAAGAUAGCCCUCUAAACCUGAAUGCUACGCAGUGGUUUUACUGAGCCUUUAAUGUAAUCAAGAAAUCUGUUCUAGAAGGUUCCUGACAGUGAAAAUUACAGCUCUUCUGAAAAAGUUUACAAACGCCUGAUAAAACAUAUGGACAGUGACUUGGAACAUUGAAAUUCUCCAUUUCAUUAUUGGACUCUGUAAAUAUUGCUAUUCUGUGUACUUACACACACACAGACUCCAUUUAUAGAAAAAAAAUCACGUCAUCACCACAGCUCUCACCUCAUUCAGUAGUUAUUUCAAGUCCUGAGUGAACUAUGCAAUAUAAUGAACUAAAGGAGAAAGAGGGAGACCGAGAAGUGAGGGAUUAUCUGCCAGCUUCCUGUAAAACAUUGUUUUGAGAAUGAGAAUCUGUUUACAUUGUACGUUGUGGUAUAAAAGGAGUUUUGUGUUUCACUUA